AUGAUCAACAGAUUGCGAAAGCAGCCUGAAAGCUAUAUGAAGAAAGCAAAAUAUCGGUUUGGAAAAACUCAUCGUGAUAGAACAGAUGGAAUAAUCUGUGAGGCAGAAGGUCCCUCGGGUCUAGUGGCAAUCAAAACCAUCUCAAAAAAGGUGUCAUCCUCGGCAGAAAAAGAAGCAAGUAGCGAAAUAAAGGCCCUACAGCGACUAAAUCAUCCUCAUAUUAUCCAACUUAUCGACUGGUUUGAAUCAAAAGAUGAAUACUACAUAGUCACGCAAAAUACAGAUGGAGGUAGUCUUUUUGAUCGCAUAAUCGAUAUAAUUCGAUUUCGAGAGAAAGAGGCAAUAGCCAUUGUACUCCAAAUCCUCCGCGCCGUUUCCUAUCUGCAUAGUAACUUCAUCAUCCACCGAGAUAUAAAACCUGAGAACAUAGUUUAUGCUUCAAAAGCUUUCGAUUCUCAUAUAAUCUUGACUGGCUUCGGUGUAUCAGCUAUACAAAGUUCUGCUGAAGAGGUCUUCAAAGAUUAUGUUGGAUCAUUUGGAUAUGCUGCCCCGGAAGUAGUACAGCGGGUCGGACACAGUCGAGCCGCCGAUGUUUGGUCUAUUGGCGUUGUCACCUAUGUCCUAUUAUCUGGCUACAUGCCAUUCCGGAGUACCAAUAUACAAGACUUUCUCGAGGAGUGUACUCGAGAGAUAAUUUUCCAUGAGAAAUUUUGGAAGAAUAAUACCAAAGACGCCAAAGACUUCAUUUCCUGUCUGAUGGAUCUAUCUCCUGAAAAGCGACCCACCUGUCAGAAUGCGCUAGGGCAUCCAUGGCUCGAUGACUGCCUGAACUUGCAGCAAAAAUGA